AUGUCGGCUCUGCUGCUGCUCUGGGUUGUCCUCCUCCACUGGGCCACUGGUGAGGGCUUCCUGCAGGGAGGCAAGACCUGGCAGCACUGCACAGAGCUGCGCCCGCUGGACGUGCUGUCGGAGGCGGCCCCCGCCCGCGGGCUGGCACCUGGCCUCAGGGUGGCCCGGGCGCAGGGGCUGCUCGGCUUCCAGCUCAGCGCCGCCCGGCCCCGCGCCCUCGGCUUCCCCGCAUCGCGCCUCUUCGUCCACUGCGACCGCUUCCCCGAGGAGUUCUCCAUCGUCACCACGCUGCGGGUGCCCGGCGGCCCCGCCAAGAGGCACCAGUACGUGUUCACGCUGAUGGCGGACGGCAGCCCCGACGUGCUGGUGGGGCUGCGCCACGGCCCCGGGAAGCUGCACUUCGUGUUCCGCAGCCAGCGGCGGGCGGGCGGCUGCCACAGCCGCGUCACCUUCCACAACGUGUCCCUCGCCGACGGCCGCUGGCACACGCUCGUCAUCGCCGUCUCGGGCCGGUCCUUCUCCCUCACGCUGGACUGCGGCGUCCCCGAGGACGUCACGGGGGAGACGCCGUUUCCAGCCUCUCUGUCGGUGAGGGGAGCCAGCUUCUACCUGGGCAGCAGGAGGAGAAGGAAAGGCGUGUUCACGGGGCUGCUGAGGCAGCUGGUGCUGCUGCCUGGAGCCGAUGCCACCCCUCGCGUAUGCAGCACCACGGACCUGCAAGUGGCAGCGCUGUCUGUCCCUGCUGUCCUCCAGGACCUGCCCCCGAGGCCCAGGAGCAACGAGGUGCUGCGGUACCCCUACGAGGCCGACACGAUGGUGACGCUGGGGGCCCGGCCCCCCUGCAGCAGGCAGGAGAAGGCUCAGCUGUGGUUCAACGCCUCCCGGCGGGGGCUGUACCUCUGCAACGGCAGCGCCUGGCUCUCCGUGCUGGAAGCCAAGCAAAAGCUGGACUAUGUGGAGGAUUACCAGAACCUGGUGACCAACUCUGAGACGAUGGGCAUCGAGGUGUUCACCAUCCCGAAGGUGGGGCUGUUUGCAGCCACCGCCAGCCGCUACACCCUGCCGGGCUCAGCCAUCUACAAGUGGACUGAUGGGAAGUUUGUACCCUACCAGAACAUCCCCACCUACCAGGCUCAGUCCUGGAAGUAUUUCACCAUAGGAAAGAAGAUCUUCCUAGCAGUGGCUAAUUUCGAGCAGAACGACAGGGGUCAGGAGUUCUCUGUAAUAUACAAGUGGAGCCGCAGGAAGGAGAAAUUCAUCACUUACCAGAGGAUCAGCACACACAGAGCCAGGGACUGGGAGGCCUUUGUCAUCGAGGGAGAGGCUUUCCUUGCAGUGGUCAACCACAGAGAAGGGAACAACCACAACGUCGACAGCGUGAUAUACCGGUGGAACCCCAGCACAGGCUUGUUUGAAACCAACCAGACCAUCCCUACCUCCGGAGCCUAUGACUGGGAGUUUUUCACCAUCGGGCCCUAUUCCUUCCUGGCAGUGGCCAACACCUUCAACGGCACCUCCACAAACAUCUACUCACACAUUUACAUCUGGCUCAGUGGCUCUUUCCAGCUCUUCCAGUCCAUCCUGACUUUCGGUGCUGCUGACUGGGAGGUCUUUCGUAUCGGGGACAGGGUGUUCCUGGCUGUGGCAAACAGCCACAGCUACGACAGCGGGGUGCCAGCACCCUCCAACUUCUAUGCCAUCAACUCCUCCAUCUACGAGCUGAACAUCACUGCCCAGAUGUUUGUCAAGUUCCAGGACCUCCUGACCUACAGCGCCCUGGACUGGGAGUUCUUCUCGGUGGGAGACGACUCCUUCCUGGUGGUAGCAAACUCCUUUGAUGGCUUCACCUUCUCUGUUAACAGUAUCAUCUACAGGUGGCAAGGCUAUGAAGGCUUCGUGGCAGCUCACCACCUCCCCACUGUGGGCUGCAGAGACUGGGAGGCAUUUCACACCACCGAGGGCUCCUUCCUGCUCUACUCCAGUGCCAAGGAGCCGCUUUCUAAGGUCCUCAAGCUGAAAACCACCGGAGGCUGGGACCUGUCAGAAGAAAAACAGUUCAGACGCGUGUCAGAGGAGCAGUGGCAGUGUGAUAACAUUGAGGAGCUGAGUCUCAAGGACCCGCACGAUGUGGUGGUGACCCUCCUGCAGUCAUACCCGUCGUGCAACAGUGUUGCUGCAGCCAUCUGGAGGCAGAUGGUCUCCGUGAGAACGACAGCAGACAACGUGCUGGAGGAGCUGCUCUACGUGCUGCAGGACUGGCCCCUGCACAGCACAUUCACCUCGGAUGGGAACAGAGUUGACAUCUAUGCCCUGGCCGCAACCAGGGCACUGCUGGAGAUCACCCAAAUGCGCGUGUGCCAGGAGAGCCUGAGGCUGUAUUUCCCCCAGCUCUUCCUGGCUCUGCUCUUCCAAACUUUCUCCAGCACGGAGGAGCUGCCUGAGGAGCUCUUGUGUCAGGGAGGCCAGCAGGAAGGCUGCCAUCCCACCGCCCCCAGCAGGUUGGCAGUGGAGACCAUGAAAGAACUGCUCUGCAGCCUGGGCCAUGAGGGGAUGGUGCUUGAAGUCGAGCAUCAGGGUUGCUGGGAAGACUUCCUCCACCCUGACACCUGGCACUCUGCGAUGCGGGUGCUGGCCAGCGAGAUGAGUGGCAUGAGCUGGAGCUCCCUAUACUACAUGGCUCAGAGGCUGGUGAAGCUGCUGAGCAGGGAGAACCCGCGCUGGGAGGUCCCCGCCAUGGCACUCCUGGCUGAGCUCCUGGCCUACCCUCACAUGGAGGUAUGUGAUGAACGUGUCCUGCAGCUGGCACCAAAGUACUUGAAGAGCAAGAGCAGUGUGAUGCGGUGCCUGAUGCUCAGAGCCCUCAUCACCCUCUGCCAUGAGCCCAGGACGCAUGAAACGAUGCAGGUCCUGCAGAGAAGGCUCAUGGAGCUGCUGGGGGAUGCAGAUGGGGAGGUGGUCAUAAUGACCCUCAAUCUGCUCAGCAAGAUUCUCCACAAGUUCAACACCCCCGUUAUCAACAUCAUGGCUCUGGAGCUGGCUGGGACGCUCCAGCCACUCUUCCACCACGACAACAUCCACGUGCAGCUGCUCUCCCUUCAGCUCUUCCAACACAUCAUGGAGGCCGUCAAGAAAGAGGAAAGCAAGCUGCUGAAGGCACAGGUGCACCAGAGCCUGGUCCCGCUGCUCUGCCUCCUGCAUGAGGAGAGCCAGGAGGUGGCAGAGGCCUCUCGGGUCACCCUGCUGCGAGCUGCCACCUUCCUCAAGAAGAGGAGGCUCAGACAGCUGCUGAAGAAGUGUAAGACGUGGGCAGUGGAUGAGUGCCUGCUCUCGCAGUGCAGCAGCAGCAGAGCCGUGCAGUACGUGUGGCAGGCCCUGUGGUGCCUCCAGAGCCCACAGCAGCCCGUGCGAGAGGCGGCCGUCAGGUUCCUGGGACUCGCUGGGCAGCACCUGAAGGGUCAAGAGAAGGAACUGCAGCUCAUCCGUCGGGCCCUUCAACUCCUGAGAGAUGACGUCAACCUGUCGGUCGCAAACCUGGCAGUUCAGGCCCAGCUGAACCUGAGAGCUGCAGAGGAAGCAGCUUCCUCCAGACCCAGCCUGCGAGAGCGGCUCCGCAGGGCCUGGAGGGGAUGGGCUGCUCCCUGGGCCCGUGGCUGA